CCUCUCUGCACUCAUGGCUUCUCCUAACAAGGCAGUGAUUGUUCCUGGGAAUGGAGAUGGGGAUGUGGCCACCCACGGCUGGUAUGGCUGGGUGAAAAGGGGGCUGGAGCAGAUACCUGGUUUCCAGUGUCUGGCUAAAAACAUGCCUGACCCAAUUACAGCUCGAGAGAGUAUCUGGCUGCCUUUCAUGGAGACAGAGCUACACUGUGAUGAGAGGACCAUCAUCAUAGGCCACAGUUCUGGGGCCAUUGCAGCCAUGAGAUAUGCAGAAACACAUCGAGUAUAUGCUAUUAUAUUAGUGUCUGCAUACACAUCAGAUUUGGGGGAUGAAAAUGAGCGUGCAAGUGGAUACUUCAACCGUCCCUGGCAGUGGGAGAAGAUCAAGGCCAACUGCCCUCACAUUGUGCAGUUUGGCUCCACUGAUGAUCCUUUCCUUCCCUGGAAGGAACAACAAGAAGUGGCAGAUAAGUUGGAAGCCAAAUUGUACAAAUUCACUGAUCGCGGCCACUUUCAGAACACAGAAUUUCAUGAACUGAUCAAUGUGGUAAAGUCUGUGCUGAAAGUACCAGCAUAAUCUGGUGCUUGCUGUUUUGUAUUCCCAUAUAGGAGCAGAGUAAUAACUUCCAUUAUCAGACAAUAACUAGAUAUAAAACAUCCAGUUUAGUUCCAAAAGUGCCUGAAAAACAAACACAAGUUUCAACAUCACACUGAGUUACAGACAACAUUUCCAUUUUCUGUAGUAUCUAAAUCUUCCCAAAUUGCUAUGAACUGCAGGUUUUUUUUUUCUUUUUCCCCCCUAUUUGGUUGGGGACCUACAGGUAGUUCCAUCCUUAUUGAUCCAAAGACCCAAAGUCAGAAAUGGAAACCAGGUGUCCUGAUUCUCAGUCCAGAUUAAAACUAAAUAGAUUUUCAUA